AUGUCUUCUAUUCAUCAUCGUCGAAGAUGUUUUUCAUUGAAACGAACGAGUGACUAUGCUCAACAGUGGUUACAUGAACGUACCUCGUCUUCAUCUCGUCGGCAUCAAUCGCUCAAACGCGAUGCUUCAUCCACUAUCGACAUUAGUCAGAAGAAUACUGGCCAGAGAAUGGCCAAGAAAAAUUAUGAUCUUCUAUUUAAAUUAUUACUGAUUGGCGAUAGUGGUGUUGGAAAAACGUGUAUUUUGUUUCGAUUUUCGGAUGAUUCAUUUAAUGCAUCAUUUAUUUCCACAAUUGGAAUUGAUUUCAAAAUAAAAACAAUCGAACUUGAUGGUCGAAAGAUCAAACUACAGAUCUGGGAUACCGCUGGUCAAGAACGCUUUCAUACAAUCACUACAUCUUACUACCGAGGAGCAACGGGAAUUAUGCUCGUAUAUGAUGUCACUCAAGUACGAUCAUUUGAAAACAUCAAUAAAUGGCUGCGUAAUAUCGAUGAUCAUGCGUCCGACGAUGUAGUCAAAAUGUUGAUCGGGAACAAGUGUGACAUGGAAGAUAAACGUUGUAUAACGCGAACACGUGGUGAUGCGCUCGCUCGUGAACAUGGAAUACCAUUUCUUGAAACAUCUGCCAAAAACAAUGUUAAUAUUGAAAAAGCUUUUUUCGAAAUGGCAAGGUUAAUUCUAAAGAAAACUCCAGUAAAUUCUUCUGAAGGACUAUCGGGUAUCACACCUGGCCCGCCUCAAGGCAAUAAACAAUCAAAUUGUAUGAAUUGUAUGUAA